AUGUAUCUUCUUCACAUCAAACCUCAUCCUCGCGAUCCUCGCACGAACCCCUCGUUCAAGUUGGAAUUCUUCCAGGAUAAUUUCCCCCCAUACGCAAUUCUCUCUCACAGGUGGGGUUCAUCGUCUGACGAGGUCACUUUCCAAGAGAUUCAGACCGAGGAUGAGGCGGCUAAGUCGAAGAAGGGUUAUGCAAAGAUCCAGGCUUGCUGCGCUCGAGCGUUAGACUACCACCUUCAGUAUGCCUGGAUCGACACAUGCUGUAUCGACAAGUCCAGCAGCGCAGAGCUUUCCGAAGCCAUCAACUCCAUGUAUGCCUGGUAUGAAGCCUCAACCAUAUGCUUUGCAUAUCUCGACGAUGUUCCCAUGGCAGGCUCAAUCGAACUGCAUGCUGCCAACUCGCCCUUCCGACAGAGUGCCUGGUUUACACGAGGUUGGACACUACAAGAGCUCAUCGCCCCUGCUGAAGUCUACUUCAUCAGCAGCACAUGGAGCCGAUCUUCCUUGGGAUCCAAGACCUUGAUGGAUUCCUUACUCGAAGAGAUCACAGGGGUUAAAGCUGAGAUCCUGCGCAACCGCGGCAAGCUGGAUGAUGCCAGCGUAGGAGAGCGGAUGUCGUGGGCGUCGAGACGCGUGACCACAAGGAUUGAAGACGAAGCAUACUGCCUGAUGGGAAUUUUUGGCGUUUGUAUGCCGGCAAUCUACGGCGAAGGCCGCAAGGCUUUUCAUAGGCUACAGGACGAAAUUAUGAGGACGACUCCGGAUCACACGAUGUUCGCAUGGUCCAUGCCUCACGGCCUGCCCUGCCCAGAAGACAUCGGCAUGCUUGCACCUUCGCCUCGCAUGUUCCGCGAUUUCAGCGGCCGCCGGGUAGUUGACCACAAGACAUUCGUCAAUACAUUCCCACACAGCACCAAUCGCAUGAAGCCUGAUUAUAGCAUCACUAACUUUGGCCUGCACAUACACCUACCAUUAAUGAAGCUGGACGAGUUCUUUGAGGGUUAUUACCUCGCAUUUUUGGCCUGCUCUCCUCUUCCGCAGGCACCUUUUCCGCAGGUAGAGACGCGGCUACUCCAGUUCGUUGCUAUCAUUCUGCGGCCUAGGACUGACCGACCAGACGGACAUUUCUACCGGACUCGACUCGGAACGAUUUCCCUCCCGUACUUCACCAUCUCAAAGAGGCAAGCAGACAACAUGGACAGCAUGAUGUUAUGGAUCUCAGUGGGAAGCAGCGGCAUGCCUCGCGCGAGGAUCGGGGCUACGCUUAGCUCAAGGAAGACAACGCCCGGCAUAGUCACCUGUCUGUACUCGACAGACCCCAGGACUCUGCCCAUUUUCCAACCACAUCAUGCUGUAGAACAAAGACCGACGCUUGUCAAGCCGACUGAUCCGGUCCACGAUGAGCAUCUGCGCCUUCUUCGGACCACGGCUCACAGCUACACAUCAAUGAUUCACGGCAUGUAUGACGUUCGGGAAGAUCACAUGCAAUGCGUGCUGGAUUUCUAUCCUGAUGGCUACAUUGUCCUGACCAUCCCGCCAAGUCUGUAUCCUGGGCAGCACCGUCAUGUACUCGUUGCGGUAGGUGUUCGUGAUGGACGUCUAUGGAUGGCACAAGAGCCUACGCCACCAGAUUUUGACUUUGCGGCAACAUCCUCUCCUGAAGCGUACGCCAGAUUUGAUUGCUAUAAUGGCAAUUCAGUCUGGUAUACCGCGCCUCACUUGGUGCAAAUCACAGCGCCUCAAGUCAGCGGCUUCGAAGACCCGCGAGCUCAGGUCGUCGUGGGUAAUGUUUCGAUUGCGAUUCACAUUCGACUCUCCAUAUGA